CUUCUGUUUGUUUUGGCCUUUGGCGGUUGAAGAUCCCUGAUCACCAACUGAACAUCGUAUGUCUGACGAAACGAGCGAGUAUCUAAAUCUAGAUCUAUGAAAGGAAAGGAGAAAAAGAACAAGAGUAGAUCUAGCUUCUAAAAUCUAGUGAUUGGCGAGCUGGCCUCGAGACUGGUGGUAGACUUCAGUUUUUGGCUCGUUGAGCCAUUUACCAGAGGUUGACAACCGAGGAGGUUUUCAAAGUAUCAAAGAUGGCAGAUUUGAAUGCUGAAAAAGAGUGUGUUGUCAUUGAGGAUGCUGAAGACAAUGAAGAUCAGCCUGGGCCCCCUCGUGCAAAGUUUAAACCGUCUGCCUGUUCUUAUGAGGCCAAUUGGUUCAAUGAGCCUUAUGAGCAGCCAACAAAGCAAGUGAUCAAUUGCGAAAUUCCACAAGAAUACAUCCAGAAGUUUCAAGAUCUAAUUUGGAAUCAUCCGCACGAUAGAAUGGUGCCUGGAUAUGGAAUGACUCCUAAAGAACUGGCUUGUGUGUCCUCUGAUGGUAGGAAAGGCUGGUUGGUCACAUCUCACUUCUACUGGCUGUCCCGAUGUCUGAACCAGCAGCAGCGCCACACUCGCUGUUUUGUUUUGGAUCCCUCUGUCCGAAAAGAGGCCAUCAGCAAAAACUUCAGUUCGACAUCACCAAGGGAAAUUGAGAGGAUCAUAUUUGUGAUGAGUGUUGGGCGACAGGAUGACGGAGUCGUGUUCUUUGGAACAGACAUCAUGCAGGGAGAACACUGGUCCGUAGCGAUUGUCGAUGCCAAAACAGGAGAUGUGUAUUAUUGUGAUACCUUGGGCUGGCCGGCACCAGAGAAUUUUUUGUCAUGUAUUCUGAACUAUACCAGGCAUUUAGGAUUCAAACGGACCAACGAGAUGAAAAUUAUCAUGGCUCACGAACAAAACCUUGAGCAGCAUGUCUGUUCUCAAAACUGCACCAACUACCCGCUACAAACCUGCUCUGAUGUGUGUGGUGUCAUUGCUAUGGUAUGUAUUGCUGUAGCAGCGCUAGACAGGAAGUUAUUUGCUCUUUUGAUGAACCCGUUAGACGAAAGAAUCACUCUGUAUCUCACCAAUCCCACUGAUUACUCGUCUUAUCUCCGGCGUGUCAUCAUCUGCUGGCUGGCAAGCUCCCAUAUUGACAUCAGGAGGAUCAGCCUGAGACCAGACUUUCAGCCCUACCCUUCGCCCAGUAGUUUGGCUCAGACCCAGACGACCGGCUACAAGAGGAAGUACAUAGAGUCUGUCAAUGGGGAGGGAUGUAGCAGUUCUAAAAAAGGUUCCAAAUCCACAGACAAUGUCAAUGAUUACUUGAAAGAGAACUUGUGUUCGCGGAGUAAUGCUGUGCAGUUUGUCAAAGAAAUGACACAGAUGUUCCCCAGAGCUAAAGGAGCAGCUGAAGUACGGAAAAGGAAGAAGGAAUUCUUUGAUCAUUUUGUAUUCAACAGCUCUUUUCUCAGAGACAAAGAUGAUGCUCACAGUACAAAUUCAUAUGUCAGAGAACUACUGAAGUUCCCAGAGUUAAAUCCAGUCAUAUUUUUCAAAGGUUCGGGAAAGGAAUCUCCAAUUCUGAAAGAAGAUGACGUGGCCAUUGGUAUUCAAACACGCUUUCAGAGAGAAAUCAUGAAACUUUAUGGUAGAAAGUGUAUCUGUGUGGAAGUGAUUAGAAAGUCCGAAUUGUAUGGAUUCAAUGUCAUCACAGUCUCUGUGGUGUAUGAGGGCACUCACGAAGUCCCGUGUGCUUGGUUAAUUUCGAACAGAAACGACAGUCAGCUGUACAAACUUUUCUUCCAGGCCUUGAAGUCAAAAAUAGGUGACUUGAAGACGGAAAUUUUCAUAGGUGACAUGGGAUUCAGCUUUUUCAAAACUUGGAUUCAGGUCUUCACGAAGCCUGACAAAAAAAUGUUCUGCACCUGGGAGGUGAUGCGGGUUUUGAAUAGUCGAAUGGAAAACUUCAUACACAAUGAAAAACAUCGAGAGGAAGUGAGGGAAUGCAUCAGUGUUCUCCCAUCCAUCGUUGAUGUAGAUUUGUUCAAGAAAUACGCUGGGUGUAUACUUCAGGUCAUCAGACCCUGCUCUGAAGAAUUCCACGACUACAUGAAAACAAAGUUUGUCGAUGAUUCUAAAGACGCCUACUGGGCCAGCUGUCACAGGGUCAAAGGGUCGGCCCCCUUCAUUCCUUUUUUACUUCCCUUUAGUCAUACUUUGGAGGCCGUCGACUUCCACAGUAAAGUCAGCAUUGACCGGAUGGACACGUUUAUCCACAAAUUCUUGCAGCUGAUCAAAUACUACGAGACCAAGCUUCAGAUCGAGACUAGUCAAGAAAAGCUAGCGAGAGCUUGCCGGGACAUGUCUUUCAAGCAUCAGCAGCCCCUUCACAACUGUGAUAUCUACCAGUCAGCCACCGAGGAGGAAUUCUACAUUCCUGCCACAGAGGACAGCAACAGCUGCAGCAUUGUGGAGUCAGGGCUGGAGGAAGGGGCUUGCCGCGUGGUAUGUGAGAAGUGCAAGAUUUGUGUACACCACUAUGUGUGCACCUGCCCGCAGUACCUCUUAGUUCCGGGUGGCUGCAGUCACAUACAUUUUGUGCACACCUUUAAAAAGAUGAACAAAGCUAUGGGCAACAACAGUUUUGCUGAUUCAGAAACAUCGUCGGCAGUUCCCCAGGAUGGAGAGAAUGGUAUAGGAGGUCUGAAAGGAGACGUGUUGAAAGAUCUUGGUUCUCUCAGGGACAAGGUGAAGCAGUGUGACAGUCCAGAAGUUCUAGAAAGUCUCCAUAAAGCAUUAAAGGGUCAACUAAAAGAUGGCGACUGAGCUUGUUUGUGCCAGUGACAGUGUACGUCUGUGUAGAUAACUCUUGUAAGUAAGUAUGUUUGUAAAAAAA